UGUUCAGAAUAUGAACAUCACAUUUGGAAACUAUCGAAGGCCAGGAGCUAUGAAGGUGGAAAAGUCGACAGAUUUUGGCAUCACUUUUACUCCGUGGCACUACCUGGUAACCUCUCCUGCAGCCCGUCAAUGCAGUACACAGUUUGGUGUUGCUGCCUUCCAGGGAGUUAUAUCCCGUGUGGAUCAAGUGUUAUGUACAGAGUACGACCGUUAUUUUCCACCAGAAUAUAAUGAAACUAUACAUAUUGAAAUCAAUCAACAACAAAGAGGAGAUGGUACGCCAGACCCUUAUACGCCUGGUUUUCAGGCCUGGAUGAACGCAACUGCAGUUAGAUUCACCUUUUCGGGAUUGUUUAGAAAGUUUGAUGUUAUGGCAACAAUGUGGCAUCAUUAUACUGUACGUGAAAUCGAACUGACUGGUCGGUGUGACUGUAAUGGACAUGGAGAUGGCAAUCGUUGUCCGCUCAACCAAUCAACAGGCUUACGCGCCUGCCAGUGCGAGGGAAACACGUGUGGGGUCAACUGUGAUACUUGUUGUCCGAUGUUCAACCAGUUCGCUUGGAAGAAAGGCGGUGGAGCCCCAUGGACCAAUGACCCAAAUACGAAGUGUGAACCCUGUAACUGCCACAAUCACGCUGUCACCUGCACAUACAACCAAACCGUGCGUGACCUGGGGCUGAGCAAAAGUAUCAAUGGAUCAAGGAUGGGUGGAGGAGUAUGCCUUGAUUGUCAGCAUAACACACAAGGAAUUAACUGUGAAAAGUGUAAGGACUACUUUUAUCGACCAGUUGGAAAGAAUACUACCGAUGCUGACGCUUGCAGAGAAUGUGACUGUAAUAGAAAUGGAACAGCAAAUGUGUCAAGUUUGUCGUUUGGCGACUGUGUGCGAGAUGAAUACGAGUUGUCGAAACAUUGGGAAAAGCAACCAGGUGAUUGCUACUGCAAGGAGUUUGUGCGAGGUCGGCAGUGUGACACUUGUCAGGAAGGACAUUACAGACUGACUCAAGACAACCCUCAGGGGUGCACUGUUUGCAGUUGUCACUUAAAUGGAACGAUAGGUCGAUCUCAUGUCUGUCAAGGGGACUAUUAUGGCCAGUGUAACUGUAAACCAAAUGUGGAUCGAAGGGACUGUAGCCAAUGUAAAGAUGGAUAUUACGAUUUACAGGAUUCUGAUAGCAAUGGGUGUAAAUCUUGUGAUUGUGAUGUGGGCGGGACAGCCAGUGGCGCAGUAUGUGACAAGAUGACAGGUGUCUGUCACUGCAGACCGCACGUGACUGGAACAUCCUGCAAUAGAACGGCGAUAGGCUUCUACUAUCCAGAUACUCAUUUUGUACAAGCCUCGCGAAAUCCCUACAAACCAUCCACGGACACACUUAAUGUGUCAUUGGAAAUCCCUAAAACGGGGAAGUACCGCGUUCAGGUUAAAUACACCAAUGAUGAGGGCGUAAAAGUUCAACUUAAUGUUGUCCUUCAAUUUCAAAACACUUCUGGAGCUAGCGAUCCGAUGAUUUUUUCACCCUCAUUAUCAGGAGGGUGCGACGACUGCCUUGAAACCAUAAAUCCUGACCUUGACUAUCUUUCGUUGACAAAUGGAAGCUGGAUGAUCAACAUAUCAACAACGCAGCGUUAUGACCAACUAAAACUGGAAGGGGUCGUGGCCAUUCCCAAAGAGUUCAAACAGGCCACGGUACUUGGAGAUAAAAGCGCAGAGUUCGAUUUUCUUUGUAGCGUUGAGGGAAACGAUAUGAGUACAGACGCAAGGUGCUUACCGUGGUUAUUCAGUAUCACUAUGGAUUAUUUAAAUGGAGCGCUAGCUUGUGAAUGCCAUCCUUUGGGAUCCAACAGUUCAAUCUGUAAGGGGUAUGGGGGCCAGUGUUCUUGUAAGCAGGGAGUGGAGGGACGAGACUGCAGUAGGUGCCGGCCGGGAUUUUAUAAUCUUACGGGAAAAGGUUGUAUCCCUUGUAGUUGCAAUGGACCAAACAAAGUUUGUGACGUUAUAACCGGAGAGUGCGAAUGUCCAGAGAAUACCGUGGGACGAACAUGCGAGCCAUGUGAAUGCAACAAUAACUCAAACAAGUGUCUGAGGACUGGAAAAUGUCUGGAAUGUCAGUUUAACACAACUGGCUUCUACUGUCAGCAUUGUGACAACGGAACGUUUGGAAAUGCAGUCAUUCAGCAAUGUGAAGCAUGUGCCUGUAGUAAAAUUGGCUCGUUGGACCAAUCAUGUGAUAGGGUUACGGGGCAAUGUAACUGUAAAACAAGCGUCACUGGAAGGAAUUGUACUUUGUGCAAGGCCAACACGUUUAACUUCAGUCCUACGGGUUGUGAAGACUGUCGAUGUAACUCUUUUGGAUCAGCGAGCUUGCAGUGCAAUUCAAGUGGACAGUGUCCAUGUCAAGCCAACGUCACUGGACUGAAAUGCACGCAGUGUGCUUUCGGUUUCUAUGGACUACCAGAGGAACCGUGUAAAGAAUGCAACUGCAAAACAACGGGUACAAUUCCUGGUACAGUGUGUACAAAUGAUACCAUUGGGCAAUGUCAAUGCAAGCCAGGUGUCACGGGAAGGUCAUGUGGUCAGUGUAUGAAAUUCUUCAUCAAGCUGUCGGAUAAGGGAUGUGAAGCGUGUUCCAUGUGUAUCCAGAACUUGCGGCAGUCAAUUGAUAACAAUUCAUACGUCGUAAAUGAGACAUACAUUAAGGUUAUGCAGCUGAAGAAUUUUGCAGACUUUAAUAAUCCAAUGGUAGACGUGUCUCGUUCACUACAGCGAACAAAGACAGAAAGAAAACAGUUUUACACUCGGAUAUCUGCUGGAAAUAAAGUUUAUCAAAAUCUCAUGACCUCUGACCUUCCUGAAGUUAAUAACAGUCUUCUGAGUCUUUCCAAUAGGGCUCAACAUCUAAACAGCUUUUCAAAAGACGCUGAGGUUAAUUCCACUAAUACUCUAUUGGAUAUCAACAAUGAAAAGAAUGCAACAUUAUCUACAAAGAAAUACGUUACAUCUGUGGAUGGUAUCAUUGGAGACGUGCGAAAUGCUCUUGAAGAACGCCAUGCCGCUGCAUCGAAAGCCCAGACAGACUCAGCUGAGGCCUUACACCAAACAAUGAAUAGAAAAUUCAGUCAAUAUUCUCAGGACAUAAAUAAAAAAGUAUGGAUGGCUGAAAACACAUCUGCUGUUGCCGAGCAAACAUUGACACAGGUCAUGUCCAAACUGUUUCAUGCUCAAGAACUUGAAAUCUCAGUGCAAGAGAAAGCAGUCAAAUACAAACAGAUCCAGAAGCGCUGGAAUCAGUCACAUGCAAUCUUCAUGGAAAAGAUAGAACAAGUUCAUAAUUAUUCUGGCGAAAUGUAUGCGACUCUUACAACAACAAAAAAUCUUCUAGAAAACGAGUUCCACGCUUUGAACAAUUCCAAGUUUUCGUUAGCUGACACAGAAAUGACAUUAAAUAACACAAGACUUGUUAUAUCGCGUGGUUCAUCCAUAUUUGAGGAAUAUCAAAGUUCUUUAUCUCCUGUUAAUGGUGAACUGGAGGUAUCCAUGCUGCAGUACGAACAGCGACAAACACAAUUGGCUUUGCGUAUCGAAAGAGGACGUAAUCUUCCCCCAAAAGAUCUUUCACGUCAAACCUCAGACCCUUAUGUUUUGGUAUCGAUUAUUCCCGACUGGAAUAAUGAGGGGACUAAAGCAACGUCGACUGUUUACGAGAAUUUAAACCCAAAUUUCCCAUUUGCCGAUGUGCUUCGCUUCACCGUAUCCCUGGAGCAGUUGAAUGCUACCAAACUGAAGCUGGCUGUAUAUGACCAUGAUCCUGGUGAACAAGAUGAUUUAAUGGGCGUAGUGCUUAUCGAUUUGUCUAAGAUGGAAAACUUCCUUGAUAACAUCGUCACCGUAUGGUAUCCACUAAUCCCACAGGACCUUUCUGAAAUAAGGAGUGGGAACUUCGUUGCACAGAGUGGACUAACAGAUGUAUCAAACCUACUGGAAAUAGAACUCGAAAGCAUUAAGCAAAAGCUGUUGGCUGCUGAAGCUAAACUACAUCAGGCUGAAAACCAAGCCUCGUAUCUGCAAUCACUCGCUAAUCAAAUGGAUCAAACGUAUAAUCGUAGUCGGACCCAUGGAGCCGAAGCUUUAUCGGCGAUCGACAAAUAUUCUGAGAUAAGUGAGCUUGUCAACAGGUCUUUCAGUCUCGUGGAACAGUCAAAUAAAACAGUUUACGUUCUCAACCAACAGCUCAGCAUCUUCUCCCUGGAUUACCUUCAAGCUGGGGCCAAAAAAGCGUGGCAAGGAGUGUAUGAGUUUUAUAAUGCUACAGAAAAACGAAAUGCUACCACACAGAAUUUGGAGGAAAUGAUUCAUCAGGCAAAAUCGACAUUCUUAACUUCCUUGGCUGUAUGGAAUGAAAUCUACAGGCAUUUUGCCGCCAUUCAGGGUGCCGCUGUCCAGUAUCGUACAGCCGCCGAGAAAGCUCCAGGUGUUUUACCUCUUUUGAUGCAAGCACAAGACGAAGUGACAAACACGAGUGUAUUUCUAUCUACACUGGAGAAACAGCUGAAUGAAAUGGGCCUGCUCUUAGAGAUUUUGUUGAGUAAAACGCGGUUUAUCAAAGAAUCAUCUCAAGAUGGAAUAAAGUUGGUUAAUGACGCUUUUAGUAAUGUGCAAAAUAUCUCGGCAAGGCUCACACCAAAUCCACAUGAGCCGAAAGUAAAUGCUACCGUUAAAGAAGCCAAAUCAGUUAAGGAUUGACUCCCGCCUAUCCGAAGUCAAGUAGAAACACGCAUGAGUAAUGUAUCAGAAAAACUCAGUCAAGUGAGAAUGAUGGCCGCCUCGUUGCCUUUAGCCCUUCUCGUUAUGAAUGAUAGCUGGGUACAAUUUGUUCCAUCCGCCCAAACAGUUGAACAUCCUUUGAGAAACGAGAUCUCGUUUGAUAUCAAGACUAACGUCACUGAGGGUCUUGUAAUGUAUCUGAUAGCAGAGCCUCAUCAAAAGACCACCGGACACUCUUAUUGGCUGACGAAAAGCCUCGCCUUUUAUAUAUCAAACAGUACUAUGAGUGUUAUGUAUGACCUCGGCGAUAAACCAAUCACUGCUCAGAAUCCCUUGAUACUAAAAAAUGACACCUGGUACAACAUUUAUUUCACCAGAUUUAAGGCCGACGCACUCUUAACAGUCAGUGCAGACCGACAGAUGCGCGAGACAGCCUCCAUGCAUGGCUCUUCAGUAAAUGGAAAGACGUUACAGUUUAGCAAUGAUAGCAUCAUUUACCUGGGAGGCUCACCUCUAAACGUAAUGGGAUCUUUACCGAUUGAUCACUUCAGCGGUAUUAUUGAUAAUCUUGUUAUUGACAACAAUCGCUACAAUCUCUGGAACUCUGUACAAUCUUCUGGUGGUGUCAUGUACGCAGUUCCACGAUACAAACCCAACUUCUAUCCGCACAAUGGAAAAGCAGUUAGUGUUUAUGGAAACGGUUUCCUCCAGCAUGCAGUUGGGCAAUUCAAUGUCAGCUCUGGGCAUGUUUCUGUGGAAUUAGACUUUAGAACCCUGCACCAGAAUGGAAUCAUUAUGGCUGUUUCCAGUGGAGAACAGACAUACGUUCUUGCUCUUUAUCUUCACAAUGGACAAGUUAAUUUCUAUUUCGAAUUUGGGGAAAAUAAUGGAAUUACACUGACAAGCAGUGGGUCUUCAUACGGCGAUGGUCGCUGGUAUCACGUUGGUAUCGUGCGGACUUCCGUAAAUGCGACCCUAACUGUAAAUCCUCUGGGCUCAGCUCAGACACCUGACAGCCGUUUUGUCGACACCGGUAAAACUGUGAUGGCCAAUGGUCAUCUGAUCACUUAUGGAUCUCUAAACCCCAACAGUGUCAUAGUCUUUGAAGCUACCGAAGCUUUCUCCGGAGACAUGAAAAACUUGUUGCUGUACAGUAGUGUGUCCUCAUCUCUAAUUCCGCGGCUCUUCAACGACCCAGCAUUUAUGCUUUCAAAACAUGGGGUAUCGUUUACUGGCGUUAUCAAAGGAGGGAUAGAAUAUGGAACACGUUUCUACGGGUUCGUGGCCGAAAUGAGCGACUGUUCAUAUGCAGCUGUUGUUAUCGGAAAAGCAGAAUUUUCUACAUUGCUCUUUACUUUUAAGACAAAGAGAGAAAGUGGCGUUCUUCUCUUCAGCGAAAAAUCCACGCAGAGUGCACCAUCUCUGUACAUGGCAUUGCUACAUGGAGACUUACUCCUUUGGUUAGGGGACAUCGAAUCAGUUCCUGUCUUCACUUCAUCAAAUAUUACCUUCUCCGACAACUCAUGGCGCACGGUGCUUUUACAGCUCACAGGCAAUGGAUACGAACUGCACGUGAACAACACUCUUCUUUACACUGGUCUCUAUAACUUCGAAGCUUCACCGUUAGUUCUUCAUGAACCGUUUUAUAUCGGUGGCAUUCCUUCCAAUAAGUCAUCCUACGCUCCUUACGCGCUCUGUUUCACGGGUGGGAUAAAAAACUUGAUCAUUGACUCCAGCUCAAUCGAUUUUCUAUCUGGACACACUCUGGGUGUAUCAAACGCGGGAGUGGCGCCAGCCCGUGUACCUCCACCUAUCCCUCCAUCGUGCCGUGCUUCCCAUCCUCCACCCAUACCGUCCAGUGAUAGUGGGACGUUGCAUUUCGAUCUUCAAGGGAGCAAAGGAAAAGGCUUCAUUGGAUUCAAUUUGAAUGAUAUACAAAGAAUAGUAUUCGAAUCCAGGUUUGUAGUUGGUUUAUCCUUCCGAGCCUUAUCAGACAACGGCCUCUUAUUAUAUGGCACCGACAAUGACACACACCCAACUCAGUUCUUUUCACUCGAACUUGUCCAUGGAAAACUGGUCUUCGAGUUCAACUCGGGUAAAGGUCUGGUUUCUAUGGCCAGUGAAGGAAAAUAUUCUGGAAACGGGCAAUGGUUUUCGGUUCAUAUUCUUCGCGUGUUUCAAUUUGGUGCCAUGCUAACUAGUACUAUGGAUUAUGUAAAUGGAAGACACGACUCGCCCAGUCUGCCAAUGAAUCUACGCCAUCUGUAUAUUGGUGGACUACCCAUUUACGUGGUUGCUCCGACCGUCACAAACAGGUACCUAGGGUUUGCAGGCUGUAUAAAAGAUUUCGAUGUUGCCAACAGUGAAUCGUUGUUCGAUUUUACCAAACCCGACAGAAGAGGCUCUAACGAGACUCGUGGCUCGUGUUACGACAAUGCUCAGCCAGGACUCGGUUUUAAUGGUUCCUCUUGGGCCAGAUUUGAUGACUUCAAUUUAAGUGCAGAGUUCAAUGUUCAGGUGACUUUCCGUACCUCAUCACGGGAUGGAUUGUUGUUUCUGAUAACAAGUGUUCCCGAUUCUACAGGAAACAGAAAGCACAUGCGUCUGGAGCAAAAAAGUGGCCAGAUGAUUCUAACCUAUAACACCACGACCAACGAAUCACGAGUUGUUUGGACUGAACCUGGACUUGGAAAUGAUACCCAUUCGUCUUACAUGAUGUGCCAAAUGAGUUGGCACACGGUCAGAGUUACCAAACUGGGAUCUAACCUAACCGUCGCCUUAGAUGACGUCCAUUCCGUCAGCAAGCCGGUAGGAUAUGGCACUAACAUGACCGGGAAGCUAUUUCUUGGUGGAUAUCCAGCUUAUCAGUUGGAAGGAUAUCAUUCAGUUUUCACGGGAUUCAAAGGCUGCCUCAAGGAGUUUACCAUGGACGGAAAUACUUUACAUUUCGCAGAUUUAACGCAGCUUUCUCAUGUCUCAUUGGCCUGUCCACUGGGAUCAAGCGAAGGUGGAAUAUAGCGCAAAACCUUAAGACUGCUAAUUAAAAGGGUUAAGUCCCUUUACGAAAUGCUCACCUGAUUUCUGUUUCAGAACAUAUUCGUCAAGCCAAAAGAUAAAUAAGCUUUUCUUCCUUCUUUACUCUAAGAGACAACUGUGCUGUUUCUGUGACAUACGAAGAGAGAAUACUUUAUGCACUUUUGGAUCCAGGGGACGACAGUAAAAAUAUACUUACGUGUCCGAUAAGUUGAUGUACAAGGGAGGUAAGAUGUCUCAACAGAUAUAAAUGUGCCCAAAAAGGGUUUACAGAUUUGCCUUUUGAAAAGCCUUUUCAUGAGGAAAUAUUCAUGCAACGUCUGAAUAAACGCCAAUCUCCAUAUCCACUACGGUCGAAGUUGUGUUAAAAGGCACCGGACUAAGUGGUCACCCUGUAUUAAGCUACACGCUUUGGUUGGGUGGCCAAAGUCCCGAAUCUGUUUGGAUCUGUGAUUUUUACCUCUAUUAAGUGGUCACCUCAUGAUAGAGCGGUCGUUAUUACCCUUUAUCAAGGUCUCCUUGUAUUAAGGAAGGAAGUUUCUAACGAAACUUUGAUGCUGCGUCGAUGGGAGAGUAUAACAAAGCAAUUUGGGUUUUAUCAACUAAGUUGAUAAAGUAAAUUG